AGAAACCCCCUCUGCUGUGGGGGCUUCGCCCUCGGCACCUCGCCUCGGCGCGCGGCGCGGCUCGGCACGCCCCGCGGCCGGAGCUCGCCGCAUCCCCGGGGCCCGGCGGCGGGGAUCGCCGGGAGAGCCAUACAGCUGCACCAGCAAAUGUGCUCCCUGCAAAGACGUUCACAGCACACCAAAGUGUACGAGAUGCUGAAGUUUUCAUUCUGAGUCUGAAGACAGUCCUGUCUCUCCUGCCUGGUGAUAAAAGAAGCAUUCUGUGGGGAGGCAGAAAUCCUCUGCUGUUGUACCAGUGCUUUCCUCAUCCCAGCCAGUCUCUGCUGGGUGCUCAUUGGUAGAUGCUUUUUCUUAGAAUUUCAGCUGCAGCUGUUGAAAAACAGAUGUAUUCGUUCAGGCUUUAAUUGAUUCCCCAAGAUGUUUGCAAAAGCAACAAAGAAUUUUGUGAGAGAAACUGACAGUGGAGGUGACUUGAUCCCUGUCUCCCACUUGAACGCCUCAGACAAGCUGCAGCUUCUGAGCUUAGUUACAAAGAGGAAGAAAUUCUGGUGCUGGCAGAAGCCCAAGUAUCAUUUCUUGACAGUCACCCUGAGUGAUGUGCUUACUGAAGACAAACCAAUAAAACCAGUAAUUGUGGAGUCUGACUUUGCAAAAUAUAUGGGGAAGUUUGAAGAUUUUGUUCAAGGAAGUAUUGAAACUUCAUUUGGAAAGAUCAGCCUGGGAGCUAGAGGGAAGGGCUGUGUGGAAAACCAGUCCUCAUUUGGAAACCUGAGGAAGCAGGAGAUUGACUUGCAGCAGCUUAUGAAAGACGUCAAGGACAGAACAAUAAAUCUAAACAGUAGUUUACUGCAACAAGUAAUAGAAAGAAAACGUGAAGUGCUGUGCAUCUUGAGAGAAAGGAUAAUAACAACUCAGAAGUGUACGAUAUCUGAACAUAUCCAGACAGAAGAAAAAAUCAGUGGUGUGAUGGGAUGCAGUACAAAAAUAGUAAAGGUUUCAGUGAGUGAAACUGGAAGUAUGAUGAAGGAUUCUAGUGUGAUCCUUGAAAUUCCUCCUGCAACCACUAUUGCCUACGGUGUAAUUGAACUGUUUAUAAAGCACAGUGGCCAGUUUGAAUUCUGUCUGCUAGAUGAACAGCAAGGAGGUUUUGAAAAAGAAAGCACAGAAGGCUCAACUUAUCCCCACUUAGCACUAAUCAGAGAUGCUUCGUUUCUCUAUCAGCCAGAUGCUGUUGAUAAUGAGAUGUACUCUGGGGCUAAAAACCUCAUUCCCAGUGAUGCUUCUUUAAGUGUACUGAAACAAGAUCUGUCACAGUUGAAGACUCGGUUCCAGCCCUUUGUGAAGCUGCCGGAAGACAAGCAAAAAGCUUUAUAUAAAACCCUUUGUGAAUUCUUGCUCCAUGAAGAAAUGGCAACUGCCCUGGAGGAUGUGUUAGAUGAUAUCUGCACAGGAGACAAGCCAGAUCUGAAGGGGUUAAAACCUGCACAACAACAAGACCUCCUUGAUUUCUUGCAGCUCUUAGGGUGCAGUUUACAGAGUGAGCCCCUGUUGCAGAAAUAUCAGCCUCAGGAUGAAGAACUCUUCUCAGCUGCUCACCUCCUUAUCAGUGCUAUCUCUGAGCUGUCUGAUUACACUCUUGCCCUGCUGCGUGCCUGCUGUGAUCUUCAGGUUGUUCCAGCAUUGUGUUGUUUGCCUAACAUCGCUUCAGCCAAUGGCACUGUGGCGCUGAGCAGUCCUUUGGUGGCUACUCUCACUGACAGUGGAAGAUUUGAUGUCGUGCAAAGGCUGUUUGCUUCAUCAAACAUUAAUUUCGAAAUGACAGAGUCUUCUGUAAAAGCUCUAACUGUGAAAGAACCUAGAUUCUUCCCGCUUGUUCUUUAUGUUGCAUUGUACGGAUUUUAUGCUUUAGGUGGGAAUGUAUAGGAGCUUUGCUGAGGAUCCAGUUAUUGCUCUAGCCUGUUCUUUCUUCUGUAGCUCUGCAGCGUAGUGUUGGUAUGUUUGAGCUCGCAGCAGAGCCACUCAGCUGAGUACUUAUGGCAGUCCAGCCAGGGGUUACGGAGGUCAGGGUGGACUCUGCAUGCCUGGGGUGAGCACUCUGCACUGCCAUCAGAUGUGCUGCUGCUCUGCAGUUUCACUAAGGUGUGUAUGUCUGCAGUGGAAAAUACAUCAGUAAGGGACGAAGGGGAAGAAUUAAAAAAGACAAGUCCAACAGAAAUUAAACAUAGCUGUUCUGGUAGUUGUUAGAUCUGCAGGGCAGUAGAAGCCUGAUUGCUUGCAUUAUUAUGUGUGGGAGAAAACUGCAAAGUACAAACUGCUUUUUGUAAGCAAGCAAACAAGCAGGCUGUGGAAAUCCAGGGUUCUGCAACGCAGUAGAUGUUUUGCUCAUUUAAGACUUGAUAUGCAGAAUGCCUUCACUCUGGAGCAAGUGGAAUGGAGGACUCUCAGAGGUACUUGAUUAGGUUUUAAUUUAUUAAGUGUAGUUUGGCUUUAUGGAUGUGAACUGCACACUGCAGGAAAUAAAUAAACCUCUUUUUCAAAAACUAAGACCACCUUAGGGAUUUAUGCCUCUGUACAGCAUUUCUGUUUUCUAAUCAGUUUUUACUCACCUUAGCAAGUUUCAGCUGUUUAAAUUGCAUUCUGAACCUUCUCUUUGAGGUAUGGUGAGGCCUUUUGGUGUGUGCACGUGAAAUGUCCCUGCUGUACUCCACAAAAAUGAUCAUUUUACCCAUACGACAUUUUAAGUGCAGAUGUUUGGCUUGUUUCUUUGACUAACAGCAAAGUGUUAGUAAAGCACUUUGUGCUUUGAACUAUUUUGCCUUUUUUUCAUCGUAAUUUUUUGUAAUCAUGUGGAUGGGACAGAAAUGCAGCAGAGAUCACUGUAAAUGUGGGCUUGGGAAGAUGACAUUCCAGGUAAGUGGAAUACCAGCGCUUUCAGAUAAGAUUGUGAGAUGGCUGACAGACAAACAAGCAGGCACCUGGAAGGGGGGGGGGUGGUAAUCAGGCACCUGUGUGUGUGUGAGGGGCAUAAUCAGUAACCAGGCCCUGCAGGUUAGCUAGUGGGUGGGAGUCCUGGGUUCAGUUUUCUGCUAUAUUCCCACAUGGUCUUGAGCAGAUUGUCUAAGAGGUCUUUAAAAACUCAUGUCAGUUAAGCUUUCCCCGAGGAAGUGGACUUUGCAAAAAAGCACCGCGGUACCUUUCCAUACUCUGAGAGUGCAGGAUAGCCUUGCACACUGAGCUGUUGGCAUUCCUGCGUCUCAUCUGUUAAAUGAAGCUGAUGGUGUUGCCUGAAUGUUGCGCUGGUGUAUACGGAGAUGUCCUUUAGGAGGAUGGAAGCAUGUUACUCUGCUUCUGGGAGUGAUGCGUGUUUGUAAAUGGGAGAGUCUUCUUUUGCCAAUCACUACUCAAAAGUUGCCUCUGUAACUAACUAAUUUAUCAAAACUUCCUAUUAAAUGGUAUGUCAAAACAAUAGAAUAACUUAUAACCUCAUG